UCUCGGGAAACACGUGUGAAAUCUAAACAAAUCCAUUUAAAAAAACGACCUUUUGGUGGCUGAUCGAUCAGUGCAAUUUUAAACUGGGAGCCGUUAAGUCAUGGCUCGACCACAUGAGGAUUGUAGGAGUGAGGACAACAGGGAGGUGUUCAAGUUGAUGGAGUCAAAUGUACGGCUGGACAAUGAGUUGACAGUGCCAUCGAGCAUUCGAGAAGGCAAUCGCUUUCUGGCCCUGAUCCCUUUAUGCCUUCUGGGAUUUGGAUCGUACUUUUGCUACGCUAAUAUCGCCGUAGUGUAUGCAUACUGGACUAACGAACACAUUUCGCUCGCCAAUUAUAUCAAUAUGGGGUCAAGAGCAGUGUUCUGCUUCUUUGGCGGAUUCCUCAUUGAUCGUGUGUUUGGCAUACGACGUGGAACGAUUAUCUAUACGAUAAUACUGCUGAUGGGUCAGCUUAUCGUCGCCAGCGGCGCCAAACUGAACGAGAUUUGGGUGAUGCAUCUGGGACUCGCCAUCUUUGGCAUUGGCGCUGAAUCCUUGACGGUGGCCCAAUACAAAUAUGCCGUGCUCUGGUUCAAGGGUAAGGAACUCAACAUGGUCUUUGGUUUGCUGAUGCUCGUGGCCCGUGUUGCAAGUUCUCUCAACAGAUGGCCGCCCAUCUAUGAAUAUGUGGACAAGUUAUGUCAGUCAAAUCGCACUGUGGGAAUCGUCCAGUUGCUGGUCACGCUCACCUGUGUAGGCUCCUUGCUGUGUGCUCUCAUUCUGGGCUACAUGGACAAGCGUGCAGAGAGGAUUCUGAAGCGGAACAACAAUAGAUCUGGACAGAUUCCCAGGCUGACGGAUGUGUUUAGCUUCAAGCCGCCUUUCUGGAUGGUCUCCAUCAUUUUAGUGUUCUACGAUGCGGCCAUAUUUCUAUUUGUUUCGAAGGAAAACAAUUUUUUAACCGGUCGCUUUAAUUAUACAAGCACUGAGGCCGAAACAUUGGUCUGGCUGGCGUUUUCAAUAAUGACAAUGUUUCCGCCCAUAUUUGGCUUCAUCAUCGACAAGCUGGGAAGAAAUCUUAUCUGGAUUUUUAGUGCAACAGCCACAACAAUUGUCGCCUUUUUGUUGCUGUUUUUUACCGAAUUGAGUCCGUACAAGACCAUACUUAAAAUGGCAUUAUUCUACUCCGUAAUGGCUUCAAGUGUAUUGCCCAUGGUGUCACUCAUCAUUCCCGAACAUCAGCUGGGCACCGCCUACGGCUUCUGUCAGUUCGUAGAGAAUCUCGGCGUGUUAUUCAUACUGAUAAUUUUGGAAAAUAUUGACAAUUACAUUUGGUUUAUUGUAAUCUUAUUUGGCUGUUUAACCUUUGCCCUGAUUGCCAGUUGUGUGAUCUUGGUUUAUGACAAGAUGCUUCGUGGCAAUCUCAACAUGACUCCGCAACAACGAAUCAAUUUUGACAACUCGUUGAAUCCUGCGAUAAUUCAACGAGUCGAGAGAGAGAGAAACCUGCCAUUAAACCCAAUUCCCGCUCUAAUCUAAGUUAGCCUAAACCAAAUUUUAAUGUUUUGAAAAUAUUUUUUGAUGGAGUUUAUACUGAUUUUUUUUAAAGCAUUUUUGUAUUCUACCUCUUUUUGUAACUUGAUGUCAUCAUAUUUCGAAUA